AUGAUAAUAAACCAGCUUCAUAAUCUUAUUAAUUUCUUGAAAAAAUUAGGGGAGGGUUCCUUUGGAUUUAUAUGGAAAGUCAAUCAUAUUGAGACUGGGCGCUUAUAUGCUUGUAAAUUAGUCAAAAAUUCGAUGAAAAAGGAGAAAACUUUACUUCAAAGAUUGAUAAAGAUCCUGCAUUUACUGUAAGGGAAAAAAGGUAACAAAUAAAGUAAAAUAGGCUUUACUCAAAUAAUCACAUCAGGUUAGGAUCAUAAGAAUACCUACUUUAGAAUGAAUUUAUUAGGAGACAAUUUAGAAUAAGUGAGAACAAAAUUUGGGAAUUUUAAUACUGCUACUAUAUUAAAUACAGGUUAAUAAAUGAUUCUGCUUCUUAAAGAGUUACAUAAUGCUCACAUUAUCGCAUAGAGAUAUUAAGUUAUUAAGUCUGAAAAAUUUGUAGUUCAUCAAGAGAAACUACAUCUAAUAGAUUUUGGACUAUCUAUUUCGGAAGGAAAACAUCUAGAAUUUCAAGAAAAUAAGGUUAUGAUAGGGAAAGCUCGUUGUGCUUCCAUAUACGCAUUGAAGGGAUACGAAUAAUCAAGGAGAGAUGAACUUGAAUCUGUUGUUAUUUACUAAUUUAUUUAUUCAAUGGAACUCUACCAUGGAACAAUAUUAAAGAUUUAAAGGAUGAAAGAUAUAUUUAAACCAGAGACCUGCAUAAAUUUGCCUCUUGAGCUCUUGAAGUACAUAAAAUAUGUUAAACAAUUAGAGUUUGAUUAAAAUCCUGAUUAUGAAUAUUUGGAAAAUUUGUUAAAAAAAGGGGAGGAUUUUACUCGAAGUCCUAAACUCUAAAUUUAAUAAAACCAGUCCUAAGUUAACCCUAAUUUAUUGAAUUUAUGGGUAUUGAGAAGGAACAGACAAUAAGAUAACACUAGUCGAAGGAUUAAAUUAGAAGAUCUAAGUUCCACAGGAGCUGACAUAAUGGAAGAGUUGGAUAAAGAUGAAGGAAUACAAUUAUAAAACCUAUCUGUUGACAUCAAAUAGCCAAAAAUACUAAAUAAAACAAGAACGGAAUAAGGUUAGAUUUUUGGUUUUGAGGCUAAGCUAAAAACGAAUUAAUUACCCAUUUCCUUACAAUAAUCAUUACGAUAUCUUUAAUAAUUUCUAUGA